CAGACUUUUGUGCAGCCUACGGAUGCUCCAAUCACCGUAGUCUCAAAACGAGAGCCCGUGGGAUCACCUUUCACCUGUAAGAUAUGAAAAUAUUAUGAUUAUAUUUGGGAUAAUCUUUAGUUACUUAGUGGAUGUAUGUACAGUACAGGUCCUGUUACACAGGAACUGCGGGGCUAUGACAUAAUAGUAUUACAAGAUUGUUGCUGACCCAAAGAUUUUUACAAGUUUGUUUACACAAUCGCAGAAUGUUUCUUUUGGACACCUUUUUAUAACUAGUUUAGUGUGGUUGUCUUAUUCUAAAGUACAUACAUGCAUACAUGAUGCAUACAUGCACACACACACACAUUCAUACAUACAGGUACCCAAAACAUAUGAUAAUUUAGGUGUCCUUACCCUUAAUGUUAAAAGAAGGAAAAAAGGGUUGGAAAUGUUGACAAUAAUUUAUAUAUCUGGGUACAUUUCUCACAUUUUUAAGGUUUAACCAAAACCGGAAAGAUGAGGAGGCAGUGGGAACUUGCCCUAAGAAGAGACGGUUUUGUUGCCUCUGACAGGACACUGCUCUGCAGUGAGCACUUCAGGAGUGAGGACUUUGACAGAACGGGGCACAAUGUCCGGCUUAAAGAUGGUGUUGUGCCAAACAUUUUCAACUUUCCAGCUCAUCUUCAAAGGGUAUCAGCAAAAAGCACAAGCACCUCUAGAAGAGCGGAAGACAUCCUGCCAAUGGACUUGUCUCAGGAUGUACCUCAACAUGAUGUUGGAGCCACUGGAGAGAGGAAUUUGAGACGCAAGCGGCAGGCCACUGACCACUUGUAUGCAUUGCCUGCUUGCCCUAAGGCUAUAAAGGCCAAACUUGAAGAAGCCUCAGCGAGAGUGAGGAAACUGCAGCGGGAGAAGAGUAAUGCCUUGAGGAGAGAAAAGAGGUCCAAGAUGAACAUGCAGGCUCUUCUGGAGGAACUGAAGGAGAAAAAUCUCAUCAACGAAGAGCUGAAAGACAACCUUGAAUGCUACUCGGAUCUUCAGGUUCAUCUCCUGUCGAGGCAGGGCAUAGAGUACACCAAGGCCCAGAGAGAUUUUGCCCUUACGCUCCAUCUGCAUGGUCCAAAGGCAUAUCACUACCUGAGAGAUACCCUGCAUAUUCACCUGCCACAUCCCAGUUCAUUGCAAAGGUAUUCUUCAUGA